AUGAAGAACUUGUAUAGACUAUUUAAAAGCCAAGUCCAAACCAAACACAAUGAAACACAUGACAUACUAAAGGAUAUCUACGGAAGUCAGCAUGAAAUAGAUUACAAUUUUACACAUAAUGUUUCUGAACCAUCUUCUGAACAUAUUGACCUGCUUGUUUGGCCUGCAGGACCACCAUUUGGUCUUGGCAUUAAUACUGGAUCGACUUACACUUCAUUUGGGUUGAUUGAAAUGGGUAAUAUGUAUAAAUAUGGCAAUUUGCGCUCUCCAAAAUCUGCAUCUAAGAAUAACAAGACAUACGUUAGAUUUAUGUCUUCGUUGUGUUAUAAGAUACUUCAGAACGAUCUACUUAAGGUCGUUAAAAGUUCAAAUUUAUUCGAUCUCACAGAUUCUACCAACGUCGUCCAAUUCAAGCCCCUCUCAAAAAUACAUACACCAAUAUAUUUGCGAUCAUAUAGCAUUGCAGCUGAAGAUAAUAAUAGUAAUAGUAAUUAUUUAACACAAUUGCUGGAUAAGCCCAUUGAAUAUUUGUUUAAGCAACUAAUUGAAUCAGAUGAACUGAUCUUUGAGACCAAGAAGAGAAAGGUAGAGGAAGUUGUCACUGAAUGUGCCCAGGACCAACUUUGGGUUGAUAAGUAUAAGCCUUUGUACUUUUCAGAUCUACUAAGUGAUGAAAAGGUCAAUAGGGAGGCAUUAUGUUGGCUUAACUCGUGGAAAAAUUUGGAAGAGAGGGGGGGUGAACCGCGGAUAUUGAUACUGGGGGGUCCUCCAGGCGUCGGAAAAUCAACAUUAGUUCAUGUUAUCGCUAGGCACUCUAACUACAACGUUGUGGAGAUUAAUGCAUCCGAUGAUCGCACUAAGGAUCGACUUAUGCCGAUGAUUUUGUCAAUAACAACGACAAAUUCCACAACCGGCCAACCAAACCUAUGUUUGCUAGAGGAGAUUGAUGGACUUGCUUCAGGGGAAGAACAAGUUAUCUCGGCAUUAGUGUCUCUGCUGGAAAAGAGGACCAAAGAGGGUGGUUAUAAGGUUAAGAGGCCCAUUAUAUGCACAUGCAAUGACUUGUAUAAUCGGAAUCUUAUCAAAUUGAGACAAAUAGCAAAAAUACUUUUUGUUUAUCCGCCUGAUGAGCUUACACUAUUACAGCGACUGCAAAGCAUACUGUCUUCUGAAUCAAUUGUUAUGGAUCCAUUAAUGCUGUCAAAUCUGAUCAAUGUGUAUAGGGAGGAUAUAAGAUCUUGUAUUUUAGCAUUAGAUUAUUACACGAGGGAUUAUAGGAAGGAUAAGAAGUUCAAAAUACAUCUAAAUGAUAUGUUAGAUGCGUUUAAAGAUCAUUCUAGCAGAAUUGAUGAAUUUAUUCGUUUAGUGUUUUCAUUGUCAAAGGAGGAUGAAUCAAUAAAUAUCAUAAAUAACAAAUUGAUUAAAAUUCUAACUACUGGACAAGUAAACCCAAAUUUUAACACAAUGGCGGCGCUUUUAGAUGAUCAUUUGUUAAAAAUUCCAUACAAUGAUCCUAAUAUGAUCAACACGAGUUAUAUCAUGGAUCUUCUUGCUCAGUCAGAUGUUAUCAAUAGCAAAAUAAAUAUUAAUCCUAGUUGUUCUUUGCUAAUAGUGCCCUAUUUGGAAACUGUUAACAAAAUCAGGCCCUUCCAAUCUAGCAGAUUAACGAGCAUUGUAUACCCUGCCCUUUCAAUUCACAAUAUAGGUUUUCAGCGCAGAUUGGCAUCACGCAAUGCAAUUAAAAAUUUGCAAGCCAAUGCAAUACCUCAUUUUGCAAAUCAUAUAGUUAAUCCAUCUUUUCUAACGGAUACUUUAUCAUUCAUACUGUAUAUGAUAAGGCCCAGAGAAGCGUUAAUGGCUCACGAUUGGAGCGAUUUGGGCAGAUUUUUUAAGAACACAAACAUAGUCCAUGAGAUACUACAAGUCACCAAUUCUAGCCCCGCAGUUAAACAAUUGGUGCAGAUAAUUCGUAUACUGAGCGUCUAUGGAAUUCAUCUAAUUAAGGUGCAAAGUAGUGAAAAUAUCUCUGGAGAAUAUCAUUUAGAUCCUGAUUUAACACUACUGCAAAUGGAAUCAUGGUCUAGUAACUUUAACAAUAAAAAAUUUGCACAAUUUAACAUUUUGACCGAUAAGAUUGAUUUUAGACCAUGGAAGAUCGAAUCUUCAGUGUGCGAAUCGUUAUGUAAGGCUAUGAGCUGGUUCACUAAUGUUUGGAUGCACAAUAUCUUUUGUAUUUCCAAAUUAGGUGUGGAUAUAUCUUCUAACAUAAAGACAGCCAUCCUAGAUUCAUAUAUUAGCGGUCCACGAUUCAUACCCACUCCAUCAGUAUCUACCAAGCCAAGUUUGAGCACUCAUGUAUCGAUAUCGGUAAACGAAGAUGAAUUUAUUGAAAACACUCUACAACCAACAUUUAAAGAAUUGUUGGUGGAAAAUUUUGAUAUGAUUAACUGCCUAAGAUCAUUGAAUUUUGAUAAAACCAGUGGCAAGUAUAAGUAUGUGCUGGAAAACACUAGUGCUGUAUAUCAUAUCGUUAACAAUUUUCAGGACCUCUUCAAGUAA